CACCAACUUCACAACCAAAGUCAAGUGGUUAUCCUUAAUCAUUGUUAAACCUGCAAAAAAAAAAAAGAAAAAAAGAAAAGAAAAAAAGGUUGUAGUAAUAAAAAUUUGAGCGCGUAUGUCUGAAUCUCCAUCCUUCUUCUUCUUCUUCAUUUUCUGCUUUCUCUCUCUUUCAUGGAGCCUACCUUCUCUACUUCCUCUUCUUUUCUUCUCCCAAUCACUCUCACCUAAAUUUCUACUUCCAUUUUCUCUCUCCUCAACUUCUGCUAAAGUCUGCGCUGAUUUUUUUCGCCAUUUUUGUUCCCCAUUUUUUCUUCUUCAAUGGAGGAUGAAAACGAAGCUCAGUUGCUCAACAAUUUAAUUGAUAGAAUCAAUGAAAUUGCUUCUAUUUCAGAUUAUCGUCCUCCUGUUAAGAAACAAUACUGUAAUUUAGCUCGUAGGUUGAAGCUUUUGACCCCAAUGUUCGAGGAAUUGAAGGAGAGUCAAUUGCCGUUAGAUAGUGAUGUUGUUAUUAAUCUCGUUGCUUUUCUCGAUUCGCUUGUUCAAGCUCUUGAUUUGCUCCGAUUUGGUUCUCUUGGCAGCAAAAUUUAUCUGGCCCUUGAGAGAGAGCAGAUUAUGACGAAGUUUUAUGAAGUGACAUCUAAUUUGGAGCAAGCCCUGGAUGGAAUUUCCUUUGAAAAACUUGACAUUUCUGACGAAGUAAAGGAACAGGUUGAGCUUGUUGCUUCUCAGUUUAGAAGAGCCAAGGAAAGAGUUGAUGCACCUGAUGCAGAGCUCUAUGAAGAUCUUUUAUCUCUAUACAGCAUCAGCAGUGAUACAGCUAUGGACCCUGACGUAAUGAAGAGAGUUGCUGAAAAGUUGCAGUUAACGAGAAUUGAUGAUCUGACACAAGAGUCUGUGGUUCUCACUGAGAUGGUUUCUGCAACUGAUGGAGAUGCUGACGAGAGAAUAGAGAAGAUGUGCAAUCUACUAAAGAAAAUCAAGGAUUUUGUUCAAACGGAAAACCCUGAUUUGGGAACUUCUGCAGGAGAGAAAAAUUUGUCAUCAAGUUGUAGUGCGCAAACAUCUACUGAUGGGAGCCCCAAGUCUGUUGUUAUACCAGAUGAUUUUCGCUGCCCAAUCUCAUUAGAGUUGAUGAAAGAUCCGGUUAUUGUCUCAACUGGGCAGACCUAUGAACGUUCAUGCAUUGAAAAAUGGAUAGGAGCAGGUCAUAAUACAUGCCCAAAGACACAGCAGUCUCUCCAAAAUUCCUCUCUCACCCCCAACUAUGUUUUGCGAAGCCUUAUAGCCCAGUGGUGUGAAGCAAAUGGAGUGGAACUUCCCAAGCGACCAGGCACUUCCAACCCCACCAAAACAGCGUCUGCUUGUUCAUCUGCAGAACAUUCUAAGAUUGAUGAACUCCUCCGCAAGCUUCAUUCAGGCUACCCUGACGAUCAGCGAUCUGCUGCCGGUGAAAUCCGGCUUCUCGCAAAGCGUAGUGCUGAUAAUCGUGUAGCCAUUGCUGAAGCGGGGGCUAUCCCACUUCUCGUGGACCUACUAUUAACGACAGAUUUACGUACUCAAGAGCAUGCUGUGACCGCUCUUCUUAACCUCUCUAUAUGUGAUGAUAACAAAGGAAGCAUCAUAAACUCUGGGGCGGUGCCUGGUAUAGUUCACGUGCUGAAGAAGGGUAGCAUGGAAGCAAGGGAAAAUGCUGCUGCUACCCUUUUUAGUCUCUCAGUUGUGGAUGAAAAUAAGGUAACAAUUGGUGCGUCAGGUGCUAUACCUCCUCUUGUUAUGUUGCUGAGUGAGGGUACUCAAAGAGGGAAGAAAGACGCUGCUACUGCACUUUUCAACCUUUGCAUAUACCAAGGUAAUAAAGGCAAGGCAGUUAGAGCUGGUAUCGUGCCCACACUAAUGAGGCUAUUGACAGAGCCUGGAGCUGGCAUGUUGGAUGAGGCGCUGGCUAUUCUGGCUAUACUAGCUAGCCAUCCCGAAGGUAAAGCAGCCAUUGGAUCUGCAGAUGCAUUACCCUUUUUGGUAGACGUUAUUGCAAAUGGAUCACCCAGGAAUAAAGAAAACGCAGCUGCAGUUUUAGUACAUCUUUGUUCAGGGGAUCCAAACUACCUAGCAGCAGCACAGGAGAUAGGAAUUAUGAGCCCAUUGCUUGAGAUGGUACAAAAUGGCACCGAGAGAGGGAAGAGAAAGGCCCAGCAAUUAUUGGACAGAAUGAAUCGGUUGCUUGAGCAGCAAAAGCAGGCCCAGGCACAAGCCGAGGCUCAAGUACUUGCACCUCCGAAUGUCGAUGAGGACUGAUAGGGUCUUUGUUUUUCUUGAUUUUCCAAUCCUAUAUUUUUAAAUAUAUAUAAUUUAUUUCUUAUUUUAAUUAAAGGGAAGGAGGGUGGGAGAGGGCCUUCUGUUGAUUCACAGGGAGGCCGGAGGUGGAAGGUCAUAACCCUACGGGUGAAAUUCGUUGUUUUUGGCAUUCGGGUGAGUUUUUUUGGAAUGGGACUGAGGAUAGAUCUUAUAAUUCUCACAGGGGGCACGAAAGGCAUACAAGAAAAGAAGAAAUUGGCGUCAGUAGUCAUGUUUAUCGAAAUGUAACUUUGUAAAAUUUGUAUCAACGCUAAUCAUCCUCAAUUUUUACUGAAGGAUACAUUCUUCUGUACUUCGAUCCUCCUCUGCGUUAUUUUCGGAUUCAUCUAUUCAAGGCCUUUUACUAGUA